AUGGCGAAGAUGAUGAUGAUUUCGAUCCGUUUGCUGUCUGAAGAAGCUUUGGUUGAGUUGCUUCAGAAUCUGGAGGAUAUGGAUAUAACAUUCCAAGCUCUUCAGGAAACUGAUAUUGGAAGGCAUGUGAAUCGAGUUCGGAAGCAUCCAUCGAACAAUGUUCGGAGAUUAGCUAAACAGCUUGUCAAGUUACGAUCAAAUUUCAGAAAUUUUGCUCUUCAUAUUCAGCUAACAAGAACCACUCUUGAUUGA